CUCCCGCACCGCCAUGGCCUGGAGAGCGGCCCGGCGCCGCGUUACGGCCCCGCUGCUGCUGCUGCGGCAACGCGGGAUCGCGUCCUGCAUCGACCCAUCUGCUGGUCUGACGGAGGAGCAGAAGGAAUUCCAAAAAGUGGCCCUUGAUUUUGCUGCCAAAGAGAUGGCUCCUCGCAUGGCUGAGUGGGAUGAAAAGGAAAUAUUCCCUGUGGAAACAAUGCGCAAGGCAGCCCAGCUGGGAUUUGGUGGCAUCUACGUGAAACCAGAUGUGGGUGGCUCUGGAUUGUCACGUCUCGAUACCUCCAUCAUCUUUGAAGCCUUAUCAACAGGAUGUACCAGCACCACUGCUUACAUGAGCAUCCACAACAUGUGUGCUUGGAUGAUUGACACCUUUGGCAAUGAGGAACAGAGGCACAGGUUCUGCCCAUCGCUCUGUAGCAUGGAAAAAUUUGCUUCUUACUGCCUUACUGAGCCAGGAAGUGGAAGUGAUGCGGCUUCCCUGCUGACCUCAGCUAAGAGGAAAGGGGACACCUAUGUCCUGAACGGCUCCAAGGCUUUCAUCAGUGGAGGAGGUGACACGGAUGUAUACGUGGUUAUGUGUCGCACAGGAGGCCCAGGUCCCAAGGGCAUCUCCUGUGUGGUGCUGGAGAAGGGGACACCAGGUCUCAGCUUCGGCAAGAAAGAGAAGAAGGUGGGGUGGAACUCCCAGCCAACUCGAGCUGUGAUCUUUGAGGACUGUGUUGUUCCUGUUGGCAACCGGCUGGGAGCUGAAGGGCAGGGCUUCAACAUUGCCAUGAAGGGACUGAAUGGAGGCAGGAUAAACAUUGCUUCUUGCUCAUUAGGAGCUGCUCACGCCUCUGUUCUUCUGGCUCAGGAACAUCUCACUGUCCGCAAACAGUUUGGGGAACCCCUAGCAAGCAACCAGUACCUGCAGUUCAGGCUGGCGGAGAUGGCGACGCGCCUGGUGGCAGCGCGGCUCGUGGUACGCAAUGCUGCACGGGCUCUGCAGGAGGGACGGGAAGAUGCAGCAGUGCUGUGCUCCAUGGCCAAGCUGUUUGCUACUGAUGAGUGCUUUGCGAUCUGUAACCAGGCUCUACAGAUGCACGGGGGCUAUGGCUACCUGAAGGAUUACGCGGUGCAGCAGUUUGUGCGAGACAUCAGAGUCCACCAGAUCCUGGAAGGUACCAACGAGGUGAUGCGGAUGAUCGUGGCCAGGAACCUGUUACAGGGCUGAAGCCAGGAGCUCGCCUCCUGGAUCCCUCUGUGCCUUACAGGGAGCACAGCUGGACGCCACCCCCACACUGCCCCAGCUGUGCUCUGUGCCUGGCAGAGUGCUGUGCAGCCUGAAGAUGUGAAUCACAGCUCCAAACAAGGCCUCAGUCCCCACAUCACAUCCCCGUGGGCCGCCUGCCACCCAUCCUUCACGGAAGAAGGUCCCGUGUGGGGACACAGGAGCUGCAGGCAGAGCUGGAGGCGCAGCCUGACCGCCUGGAACCAUUCUUCUACCAAUCAAACCUUAAUUCAAAGGAACUAAUCGCUCUGCUUGUAAACCUAUCCUGGAUGCCGGAGGCAGUGCUGCACACAGCUAACCUGAGCACGGCCCGCUGACCCCCAGCAGCAGCGUUAAUCGAGGAACUCCCAUUGCUCUGCAGCACUCCUUGUCCUGCACACAGCCCUGCGGCCCAGCCCGGCGCUCCGUACGGCAGCACACGGCCCUCGGAUCGGAGCUCCCGCUGCAAAUCCAUUUUCUUCCUCGCAGUCGGAAUCAGUAAAGCUAUGAUUGUGAACUGA